UGAUCAAGUGUCAAUUCCAGGUUGAGCUAAUGUUACUUCAAGCACGUUUAUAGAGUUGUGUUUUUCCCAAGCGUCCACUCUCAAUGCGCAAAGCAUUAAUGCUGUAACUUGCAUAAUAUUUGGUUUGGGUGAACAGUGAGUCAGCAUUCCAUUUUUGACGCGAAAUAAAACGCUGAGGUACAAACUGGGUGCGUUGUUAAACACUCCGUCCCUGCCACCCCUAGUCUUUAUUCUAAUUCGCGUGAAGGUGAAUGGAAUACUGUAUUUCCAAAGUGGAAAUAAUGUCUGCGGUAAUGUGAUUCAUCCAGUGCAGGGAGGCGGUCUUUUCUGAAGAGAUCGCGAGGUGAGAUCUGCAGCCAAGUCGAACGCAUAAACUGCUGGGAUGAAUACAGAAAAUUUCUCUCUAUGUGAAAAGAUAGUCUCCCCUUCAUACAUUCGCCAAGGUUUACAGGCCCAUCGCACACAUGAGCACUUAAUUCGGCUACUAAUAGAAAAGGGUAAGUGUCCUGAAGAUGGAUGGAAUGAGAGUACUAUUGAACUUUUUCUACAUGAGCUGGCUAUUAUGGAUAGCAACAACUUCCUCGGUAAUUGUGGAGUUGGAGAGAGGGAAGGAAGAGUGGCCUCGGACCUAGUUGCUCGAAGGCAUUACCGGUUAAUGCAUGGGAUUGGAAGAUCAGGUGAUAUUGCAGCUAUUCAGCCGAAAGCAGCAGGAUCCAGCCUCCUGAAUAAAAUUACAAACUCCCUAGUGUUGGAUAUUCUUCGAAUUGCAGGUGUUCGAAGUGUCUCAAGCUGCUUUGUUGUUCCAAUGGCAACAGGAAUGAGCCUGACUCUUUGCUUUCUUGCAUUACGCCACCGGAGACCUAAAGCAAAGUUUAUCAUAUGGCCAAGGAUUGAUCAAAAAUCGUGCUUCAAAUCCAUGAUCACAGCAGGUUUUGAGCCUGUAGUGAUUGAGAAUCUGCUCGAGGGAGAUGAAUUACGCACAGAUUUGCAGAGCGUGGAGAGCAAGAUCCAACAGCUGGGGGCAGAAAAUAUUCUUUGUGUUCAUUCCACUACCUCUUGUUUUGCACCUAGGGCUCCUGACAGACUGGAAGAACUGGCUCAGAUUUGUGCAAAAUAUGACAUUCCUCACAUCGUUAAUAAUGCUUAUGGAAUCCAGUUGUCCAAGUGCAUGCAUCUUAUUCAGCAGGGAGCUCGUAUUGGCCGAAUAGAUGCCUUUGUACAGAGUUUAGACAAGAAUUUCAUGGUUCCUGUAGGUGGCGCUGUAGUUGCUGGUUUUGAUGAUGUCUUCAUUCAAGAAAUCAGCAAAAUGUAUCCAGGUCGAGCUUCAGCUUCACCCUCGUUGGAUGUUCUCAUAACACUGCUGUCGCUUGGUGUGAAUGGAUACAAGGGCCUCUUAAAAGAGAGAAAGGAAAUGUUCACUUAUCUUUCUAGUGAACUAAAGAAGUUGGCUGAAGCUCAUGGUGAAAGACUUCUGGAGACCUCAAAUAAUACUGUAUCUCUGGCAAUGUCCUUAAAGAGAUUCAGUGAGAAGAAUGACAAGGCUGUCACUCAGCUUGGAUCUAUGCUUUUCACCAGACUGGUAUCUGGAGCCAGAGUUGUUCCAGUUGGCUCUAAACAAGAUAUAAAUGGCUAUUCUUUCCAAGGAUUUAUGUCUCACACUAAUUGCUAUCUGUGCCCUUAUUUGAAUGCUGCAUCAGCUAUUGGGAUGAAAAAACAAGAUGUGGACCUUUUUAUUAAGAAGCUGGACAAAUGUCUCAAUUAUUUGUUGAAGGAGAAUGGAAUUUCAGGAACCGAAGUGGAAACUGGAACGGCAGUGCUAGAAAAUACCAAAGAUGUUGAUACCAAGCACUUGUCAGAAACUCUUCAAAAUAGUCUAGAAGUUGCGGCUGAUGGGGUAAAUCAGCCUCUUUGAUGCCUUUUAACUCACUGAUCCUUGCUCAGUUCAGAGUAUGUUCUGAAGUGCAUGACUGUAAAGGUAACACUGGUGUGGAAUUAUGGGAUGAUUUUGAUUCGUAUUGGAGAAACUCAUGUUUCUGUGAUAGCCAGGCAAGAAUGGUGAAGCAAAAAAAAAAGAAUUAGUGUAAUCUAUAACAAAUUAAUUGUCAAUUAGUUUAAUAUGUAUAUUUUGCAGCUAAUAUUUAGAUUGGGAGUUGGAGGAAAAAGGACAAAAUUUUAAAAAUAAUUGAAAGCAUUUUUUAAUUUGUGCUAGCACUGCAGAAAUACCCUUUAUGUGCUUUCUCCUGAGCAUUUAGGAUAACUUGUCAAAUAUGCUUGACAUUGCACAAUUUGUUUUGUUUAUUAAAAGCUGUUAGAAUAUGUGUAUGUAAAAAUGAAUCUUGUGAGUACGAAAAAUAUUUAGCAACUAUGAGGGAUUUGUGUUUUCUUAAGAUGAGAGUUGGGAAUAAUGAAUGAUGCAUUUCUUUUUAUCUGUGGGAUUAUUUGGUGGCCCAGCAUUGGCUUUAAGAAAUCACUUAUCUCCUUUGCACUA